AUGUGCCUCAGAUUUAUGUUGGAUUAAUGUAAACUGUUGAUUUCAGAGCACUCAAGUUAUUAACUUAAGGUGCUAAUCUAACUUGUAAUCUUAAAUUGAAAAAACUUAAAGUGCAUGUUACCUGUUGAAUUGAAGUAAUUUUUUGAGAUGUACAACUGAUAAGUCAUGAUUCUAAUUAUAUGCCAGGAUCGGAGAAUAUGUGGCUGAAUGAAAAUACCAAAACUUUGCAAGAAUAAACACUAGACAAACAUAACAUGAAUAAUCACGUCUAGUUAUUGGUGACGUGAGGUCUGAGUAGCAGCAUUAUGCUUACUCCUGGACUUUGAUCAGCAAGGCAGAAAGAGGUGUGUUUAAAAGACAGGGAGGGUAAAGAAAGAUAUUUGUACUGCAACAAAUCUGUGCAGGUGUACUUAACAAUUAUGGCGUUCCACAAAGUGACGCAUGUGUUCGCUGUGCUGAUUCUCCUGAUACAAGAGUCGGUGUCACAGCUAUCUGUCUGCGGUCAGCCAGCAGUCAGCACCAGGAUAGUUGGAGGACAGGUGGCCCGUGAAGGCAGCUGGCCCUGGCAGGCUGAUCUGCACGGUAGGUUCGGUCACUUCUGUGGAGGAUCCCUCAUUAACGAUCAAUGGGUGCUGAGCGCUGCUCACUGCGUCCCAAGUUCCUCUACAAGCGACCUGGUUGUGUAUCUGGGUCGUCAGAGUCAAGACGGAUUGAACCCCAACGAGGUGUCUCGGACGGUAACACGGAUUAUCAAUCAUCCCAGCUACAACAACAUAACCAGUGACAACGACAUCACCCUACUGCAACUCUCCUCACCGGUGACUUUCACCAACUACAUUUCACCUGUCUGCCUGGCAGCCACAAACAGCACCUUUUACGCCGGAGUUAACAGCUGGGUCACCGGGUGGGGCAAUAUUCGAGAUGGAGUUCCCCUUCCUUCCCCACAAGACCUCAUGGAGGUGGAUGUGCCAAUUGUGGGAAACAGACAGUGUAACUGCGACUAUGGAGUGGGCUCCAUCACUGACAACAUGCUGUGUGCUGGGUUACGUGAAGGAGGGAAGGACUCCUGCCAGGGAGAUUCAGGAGGUCCACUUGUGAUCAAGCAGAACAAUCGCUGGAUUCAGGCAGGAGUUGUGAGUUUGGGAAAUGGUUGUGCUGAGCCUAACAACCCAGGAGUCUACACCAGAGUGUCCCAGUACAACUCAUGGAUUAACAGUCAAAUCAGUAGCAACCAGCCGGGCUUCGUCACCUUCACAUCCACUGGGAAAAACAGUGACCUCAGUGUCACCUGUCCAGGCCUGCCACCCAUUACAACCACCACCACCACCAAUACCACUACCACCAGCCUUCCUCCAACCAGUAUGACCACCGUCACUACUACAACUACCACCGUCCCUCCAACUACUACAACCACUACUGUCCUUCCAACCAACACCCUCCCCCCAACCUCUACAACCACCACCGUCCCUCCAACCACCACACCGAGACCGGUGGUCUGUGGAGAAGCCCCGUUGAAUUCUCGUACUGUUGGCAGAAGCUCGGUUGCAACAGCUGGCGUGUGGCCAUGGAUGGCUAGUUUACAGAAGAAUGGGAGACAUAUGUGUGGUGGGACUCUGGUGGGUGUGGACUCUGUCCUAAGCAACGCUGCCUGUUUCUCAAGUUCCCCUGUAGCGUCUGAGUGGACUGUUGUGUUGGGCCGUUUGAAGCAGAAUGGCGCCAACCCCUUUGAGGUGACAGUGAAUGUGACAAAUAUCAAUCUGAGCAACCUGACUGGGUCCAAUGUUGCCGUGCUGCAUCUGUCAACCAAACCCACCCUGUCCAACUACACCCAACCCAUCUGCCUGGACAACGGACAGACCUUUGCAGAGGGCGUGACAUGCUGGGCUGCUGGAUGGAGCUCCGGACGAGGAGGGGAAGAACAAGUCCUGCAGGAGUUCCAGACCUCAGUGGUCAACUGUGGCAAUGCUUCAACAAGUGCCAGUGACAUUUGUGUGGGAGCUUUCACCCUGGAGCAGGGUGACUCUGGGGGUCCGUUGAUGUGUAAGCAAGACGGUUCUUGGUUCCAGGCGGUCGUCUUAACAGUUGAAAACAGCUCCACCAGUCAAACACGAGCAGACCCACCGAUGGUCUUCACAAGACUGAGUCGCUUUGAGUCCUUCCUGACUCAGACUCUGGGGACGCUCUUGUCUCCAAACUCAGGCAGCGACAACACAAAUGUCAACAACGUCAUCAACAUCGCCACCCCGGCCUCCACCAACUCCACUACCAGUGGGGGCACAACCAAUCAAUCUAUUUUCAUCUUGUUCUUCCAUGUCCUCUUCCUCUUGUCUUGUCUCCAACUCUUCUCAUAGAAACGUCUUUAAAUGAUUGACACAAUGUGAUAAGUACAAAUGAGUAUGAGCAAACCUGAAAUUGAACAAACAUUAUUUACUCUGCCAUUAGUUGACUUGAUUGUUCCUCUAUCUGUUGACCAUUAGCAGCAGAGCUGUGAAAAGUAAGAGACAAAGGCUAGCUGCAUGGUUCUUGUGCAGUCGACUCAACAGAUACCUGUUAAAGCUCAGUCUGUGUGAGGAAGACUGAUUCUUUACUGUUUUUAACCGUGAAGGACAGUAGGACAGUAGGCCUAACCAUGAGCCCCCUCUGCUACUGCUCUGCUGUAAUAUGCAAUACGCAAUAUACAAGGAAUUAAUUUAAAGGAUGUGAAAAUGAAGAUGCACUGGAAAAAUGUUAUUAUGAUGAUUUAAAAUCACUACAAAGACAAAAUGUGUCAAAUUUUGCAAUGUUAAUUAUUAUGUACUCACUUCAAACCCAAUGUUAUAUUGUCAUACUAGAAUAUUGCUUAUCUUUAGCUUCAUUGGAUUGUAUAAGUUUUCAAGGUUUAGGGUUGUCCCUCAUAUUUGCUUUUAUUCUUAUUAAAAGUAAUAUGAAGGACAAAGUGAAGUAGCAAAAACUUUGUUUAUCCAUGAAUCUAUAAAAUUGUUAGUGUAUGUCAAUGGUUCCAAUAGCAAGCUAAACACCAGCAAAUAUACAAAUGAAUGAAAUGGUUAGCUACAAGCAUGCCAAAUGAUAAUGAGUGGGAUAGUUAGCUAAACACAGGAAAAAAAGAAAACCAUUUUUUCCCCCCAACAUUAUCUUCAUUGAGUUUUCAAAAUGUUUCCAAUUACAUAAAUAAACACGGAUAAGAGUACUGUCACAUCAAA